AUGAACAGAGACAUCAGUCCAAAUGUUUAUGGGGUCUGUUAUCUCUCUAUCACACCAAUUAAUCUUUCAUUAACUGCUGUCGCCAUUUUCCCUUAUGCUCAAUUUCAGACUCUCUCAGCUCCUCCUGGAUCUUCAGCAUCACCUGCUUUUACUCUCAGUCCUCUCAACACUUUUGAAGUUGUUAUAAAGUCUGUUUCUCAGCUGAGAGGAAAACUAGACGAAUUCUGGAAAGAGGAAUUUGAGAAGACAUCAGCUGCAGUGAAGGAAGUGCAGAUCAUUCCUGAACACAAAAGCAGAGAAGAGUUUCUGCAGUAUUCUUGUCAGCUCACACUGGAUCCAAACACAGCUUAUAAAUACCUCCUCCUGUCUGAGAGGAACACAGUGGUGACCUGCAGCACCACAGUCCAGCCAUAUCCUGACCAUCCAGACAGAUUUGAUAGAUGGAUUGAGGUUCUGUGUAGAGAGAGUGUGAGUGGACGCUGCUACUGGGAGGUUGAGUGGAGAGGAGAUGGAGGGGUUUAUAUAGCAGUGUCUUAUAAAAGCAUCUCCAGGAAGGGAGGCUGGGAUUGUGGGUUUGGAUGUAAUAAUGAUCAGUCUUGGAGAUUGUUCUGUGAUUCCUCCAGAUACACAUUCAGAUACAAUGACAGAGAAACUGUAAUCUCCGGAGUGCCCGUCUCCUCUAUAAUAGGAGUGUAUGUAGAUCACAGGGCAGGAACUCUGUCCUUCUACAGCAUCUCUGAUACCAUGACCCUCAUCCACAGAGUCCAGACCACCUUCACUCAGCCGCUCUACGCUGGGUUUAGGUUAAACCUUCAUACAUCAGUAAAUCUUUUACUUUCAGCAAAACAGAUGAACAUGCAGAACAAAGAGAAGAGCUGGAUGAGAUCAGAUAAGAACUGCAGAAUCUAGACUGUAGAGCUGAUCAAAUAAAGUUAUAAUAGUGCUGGGAGAUAUUGUUAAUAUAAAUAAUCAUAAUUCUGAACGGUAAUUACGUCUGUCCCAGAUUAGAACUGCAGGUACAUUUCCUGUAUGGAAAGAUUUAUUCAGAUUUAGCGUUAAAUAGUUUAAACCGUUUAUAUCAUUAACAGAGCUCACAGUAACAGAGUUCAUAUUUUAAACUUCAUAUUACAGAAUUUUA